GGCCUGAGGACGGGAUCAGUCAUUUGCUCGCAGGUGAGAUCUGCCUCUGCCUGUCCCGCAGGCCAAGCCGCAGGUCGUCGGAGCAGGGGACUGCGGGGAGGCUACCCGGGGUGGCCGACUCGGGGGUCUCGGGGCUCGGGCACAGCGCGGCGGGGGAGGGGCCGGAGCGGCGGUAGCGGCGGCGGCGGCAGCGGUGCCUCCGGGGCCAGCGCGGGUCAGGCAAGGGGGAGGUCGGCUCUCUCCUCAGGUGGCCAGGCUGUGGGUCGUCCGUCCCGGGGAGCCCUAGUCCCCGCCGGAGGAGGCGGGAGCCGCGGCACAGUCGCCCCCGGCCGGCCCCGCCCCUCGAGCUUCCGCCAUUCGGGCCGGGACGCGGCUACCGCGACGCCGGACCUCGGGACCCGCGGGCUCCCGGGAUACAGCCUGCUGUGUCCGCUGCUUCCGGAUCUCCCGCGGGUCCCAGUGCGGGAUUCCUGGUCCCCCGCAUCGCCGAGAAGCCCGCCCGGCGAACACAGAAACCAAAGAAACAAAAUGCCUCAUUCUACAAACAAAGAACUGGUACUUGGCAUCAUGGUGGGAACAGCUGGAAUCAGUCUGCUGGUUCUGUGGUACCACAAGGUCCGUAAACCAAGAGCACCAAUGAGUUUACCUACAUUUGUUUCUCUGGGGAAUUCACUGGAUUCUGUAACUUUUCAAGAAGAAAUGUGUAAUGACGAAGGAACAAUAAUGAUCUUUCAAAGAAGGCAACUUCAAAUUCUGGAGAAACUCAAUGAAUUAUUGAGAAAUGUGGAAGAACUCAAGGAAGAUAUCAAAUUUCUUAAAGAAACUAUCCCAAAGUUGGAAGAGUAUAUACAAGAUGAACUUGGAGGGAAGAUUACAUUUCAUAAGACAAGCCCUCAGCACAGAGCUAGAAAGAGAAAGCCUGCAACCAUUCAAACAUCAGCAACAAGUAAUAGUUCAGAGGAAGCAGAAAGUGAAGGAGGGUAUAUGACAGCUAAUACUGACACAGAAGAACAGAAUUUUCCAGUGGCAAAAGCAUUUAACACACAUGUAGAGGAAUUGAAGUUAGAUGUCCUCCUGCAGAAGGCAGACCAUUUACGCUUCAAUGAGGCUGGCAAGAUGGAAAGUUUUGAACUACUCUGUGACCACAAAGAAAAGUUUAGAGAUGAAAUAGAGUUUAUGUGGCGGUUUGCCCGUGCUUAUGGAGACAUGUAUGAGCUAUCUACAAAUACACAAGAAAAGAAACAUUAUGCUCAUAUUGGAAAAAGUUUAGGUGAAAAAGCUAUUAAUAGAGCACCUACAAAUGGAUACUGCCAUUUGUGGUAUGCAGUUUUGUGUGGAUGUGUAUCUGAAUUUGAAGGCUUACAAAACAAAAUCAACUAUGGACAUCACUUCAAGGAGCAUCUAGAUGUGGCAAUCCAACUUUUACCUGAAGAACCCUUUUUGUAUUACCUCAAGGGAAGAUACUGUUACACUAUCUCAAAACUGAGUUGGAUUGAGAAAAAAAUGGCUGCUACUCUGUUUGGAAAAAUACCAUCCUCAAGUAUACAAGAAUCUUUGCACAACUUCCUAAAGGCUGAAGAACUCCAGUCUGGCUAUUCAAUGUCCAAUUACAUGUAUUUGGCCAAGUGUUGUCUUGAUCUUGAGAAAAAUCAGGAUGCUUGGAAAUUCUGUAACAUGGCAUUAUUACUCCCUAUUGUUUCCAAAGAGGAUAAAGAAGCACAUAAAGAGGUGAAAAAAAUAAUCGCUGCCUUGAAGAGGAUGCAUGACUUUGGAAAACCUAGAAUACCUCUACAGUACUCUUGAAAUGAGGAUUUCUCCUGGACAGCUAAGGCCAAGCUACUGUACAUUCUGCACUCACAGAUGAAGUACACAAACUGCUGACCUCUCAAGAGACUUUGUGUACAACUUUGGAAAAGGGAAGUUCAGAUCCAGAAAUUUGAAUAGGUUCAACUUCAGAAGAUACUCAACCAACUGUCUUUGAUAUUUCUCAUAAAACAUUCAUGGAGUAACUGAGUGUUCCACUAAAAUUUUAACAGUUAUGAUGUUCCUGUAAUUUCAUACAAUAAA